GCUACAAGACGUGAAGACGGAUGAUUACUGCCCGGCUGAUGACUUCUUCCUUCAGCUUCAGCUGGAGCUUCAGUUGGAACGGCAAACUGUGAACCUGAAGAAUUCCACUGCAGACCAAUCGUUAUCCGUGAGCAACGCAACCAGCUUAUCAUCCUCAGAGGCAGCACUCGCACAGGAGAUUGCUUUGCUGCUCGUACGUGCAGGAGAGGAAUGCCUUGGAUCCACUGAGAGCUGCUUGCCAACGCUGACGGACAUCCGACACAAAGUGUGGCCGCAGGUGCAGGCAUUGACUGAUUGCACGGGUGACGCCUUUCUUCCUGCCUCUUUGGAUAGUGAACAGGUCAUCGGAGAGUCAGUCUGCUCAAGCGGGACUUCAAUGUUCUAUCGGCACGUUUGGAAGGCUGCCGGCCAUAGCGUUUUCGAGAACCUUGAGGCGAUCAGCUCUCAUUUUGAGCAGACAACCUACACGCCCUUUUGCGAAAAGUUUCACGAAGCCACGUCGAAGAAGAAGGCUUUCACCUACGUCCGAGAGCCAAUUUCCAGAUACAUUUCUGCAUAUGCUGAAAUUGAAUUCAGGAUCCGGGAAGGCCUCACGGAGUACGACGCGCUCGCGGAAGCUCUGAGCGCAUAUCCUGCUGGAAGUUCGGAGAGGGCUGCAGAGUUCUUCCGUCAGUAUCUCAAAGACGGGAUCCACCAAGAUGGACAUCUAAGAACCCAGAUGGAGUGCUUCACUCCUAUUCGUGGCUGUGCGGUACCAUACGACUUCAUUGGUAAGGUUGAAAGCAUGGAAGAAGACUGGGCACACUUGUUGUCGCCACUAUGUGGCUCAAAUGUAUCUUUUAACGAUUCACUGGGCCUGCAUCCCAAUGAUGACCAGGAUAAGGGAGCCAUGGAGAUUGUUCUGAAUUGGAAGACAGACGACCCACCCGCAGACCAUGCUUCGGCAAUGGCUAUCUUGCUGCAGGAGGGCGAGGGCAGAUACUUGAGAGCUCUUUGCUGGCUUCUGCUGGUUGACUUCGUGACGCUGAAGUACGACUUGCCAGCUGAGUGUCAGCAAGGCCUCCUGAACAGCACGAUGAUGGCUUUGCGGCACCAAGCCCUCAACCAUACGUCCUAA